AUGCUCUCGUGCUUCCGGCUGCCGCGGCCGUUCGGCAGCGGCGGCGGCGGGGACGCGGACCAGCAGCAGGCCGCGGCGGUGUCUCCCCGUCGGGGCCCGUCGCUGCCAUUCGCGGCGAGCCUGUUCGCGGCGUCCCCGUCGACGUCCGGGCGCGGGAAGAGCCCGUGGCCGCCGCCGGAGGCGGACGACAUGGAGAAGAAGCGGUGGGACAGCAUGGAGUCGUGGUCCAUGCUGCUGGACACGGUGAUGGUCCCCGGCGGCGAGGACAGCCGCAGCGGGCGGCGAGAGGAGUGGAUGGCCGACCUGUCGCAGCUCUUCAUCGGCAACAAGUUCGCGUCGGGCGCCAACAGCCGCAUCUACCGCGGCAUCUACAAGCAGCGCGCCGUGGCCGUGAAGAUGGUGCGCAUCCCGGAGCGCGACGAGGCCCGCCGCGCCGAGCUCGAGGAGCAGUUCAACUCCGAGGUCGCCUUCCUCUCCCGCCUCUACCACCCAAACAUCGUGCAGUUCAUCGCGGCGUGCAAGAAGCCGCCGGUUUACUGCAUCAUCACGGAGUACAUGUCCCAGGGCACGCUGCGGAUGUACCUGAACAAGAAGGACCCGUACUCGCUGUCGCCGGAGACGAUCCUGAAGCUGGCGCUGGACAUCUCGCGGGGCAUGGAGUACCUGCACGCGCAGGGCGUGAUCCACCGGGACCUCAAGUCCCAGAACCUGCUGCUCAACGACGAGAUGCGCGUCAAGGUGGCCGACUUCGGCACCUCCUGCCUGGAGACCAAGUGCCAGGCCACCAAGGGCAACAAGGGCACCUACCGCUGGAUGGCGCCGGAGAUGACCAAGGAGAAGCCCUACACCCGCAAGGUGGACGUGUACAGCUUCGGCAUCGUGCUCUGGGAGCUCACCACCUGCCUGCUCCCGUUCCAGGGCAUGACGCCCGUGCAGGCCGCGUACGCUGCCUCAGAGAAGAACCUGCGCCCGCCGCUGUCGAACUCGUGCCCGCCGGUGCUCAACAACCUGAUCAAGAAGUGCUGGUCGGCGAACCCGGCGCGGCGGCCGGAGUUCAGCUACAUUGUGUCGGUGCUGGAGAAGUACGACCACUGCGUGAAGGAGGGGAUGCCGGUGACGGCGCACCAGGAGCUCAGGCUCUGGCGCUCCUUCGCCAAGAUCUUCAGGACGGGCUGCAUCACCAACAACUUGUCCAUACCGGUGCAUGCGUGA